AUGAAGGUCAUCAUCAUCGGGAGCGGCCUUGCAGGCCCCGCUCUCGCACUCGCGCUCAAACAACGGAACAUCUCAUGCAAAAUCUUCGAGCUGCGCGACAAGGCGGCAUUCGAGGGAGGCUUCGUCGCACUCGCACCCAACGCUCUGCGCGUCCUCGAUCGCAUUGGAAUGUACGACCGCUUGUCCAGCCAAGGGUACAACUACGAACAGUUCCAGUUCGUGUCGUCGAGGAACCUCAGUCCCAUUGGGACCGUGCUCAACGGCAGUCAGAACAACUAUGGCUAUAAGGCGCUCAGGAUCGCUCGAGGCACCGUCCGCCAGACGCUGCUAGACGCGCUGAAUGAGCAGAAGAUCGAGAUUCAGUAUGACUCUAAAUGCGUCAAGAUCGAGGAGACCGACCAUGACACUGUCAUCGCCACGUUCGCUGACGGCCAUACUGAAGAGGCCGAUAUCCUGAUCGGCACCGAUGGUAUCCAUUCGAGAGUCCGCAACUAUAUCGAUGCAUCGGUCAUUCCGACGUUCAGCGGCCAGAUGGGCGUUGGGGGAUCUCUCCCGAAGACCAAACUGGGGCCCCAGGCCAAGGAUAUGCAUAUGCCGUGCAUGGUCAUGGGCAAGCUGAACUCAUUUGCUUUCAUGCCUUGCGAUUACUCUGGAAGUCGGGUCGGGUGCUUCGCCACAAUUGAGAGCAAAGAUCGGUCGCGAGAGGAGUGGAAUCGUCUCCAAGCAGACAAGGACACGCUCCACGACUACCUGCGGUCCCACCACGAACACGAGCAGUGGCCUGAGAUCGUUCAUCUCGCCAGCGAGCACGUCGACAAGGAAACUCUUUCGUUAUGGCCGUACUACCGAGUUCCCAAGCUGAAGUCAUGGACCAGCUCGUCAGGCCGCGUCGUGGUGAUCGGAGAUGCAGCACACGCCAUGCCGCCCACAGGUGGUCAGGGAGCCGCCAUGGCAUUUGAAGACGGCAUCACUCUCGCUGAUACGCUGACGCGUGUCAACGGCAAAGACUCUGACCUGCAACGUCUCCUGAAAUCCUGGCAGACCGUCCGACAGAAGCGCAUUGGGCAGAUCCUCGCUUUCACGUCCAGAUCCGGGGAUUCGAGGAAAGCCUCGUCCAGCACUUUGCAACAGAUCUUCAAAGAGUGGGCGAUGUGGGCUUAUUUCCUGUGGAAGGGUGAGGAUGCUGGGCUAUCUUGGGUCUAUAAAUAUGAUAGCAAGACCUUCGCGCACGACUAA